AUGGACAAGGUCAAGGAGAUCCUCAACAUCGGCUCCAAAGGCGCGGCCGCCGGCCCUGCCGAGCCAUCCCCUGAAGCCCUUUCCGAGCUCAAGGGCAAGUACACCGACGCCGGCCAGGGCCACGUCUUCAACUUCUACGACGGCCUGGCCGCCAGCGAAAGGGGUGCCUUGUUCCAGCAGCUCUCCAAGUUCGACCCCGCCAACAUUAACGACAUCUCCCAGCGCGCCACGGCCCCGGCAAAGGCCAGCGACACCCCCGACAAGCUCGAGCCCCUGCCCGACCAGGCCCUCGCCAGCAUCCUCGACUCCAAGCCCGACGACAUCAACACGUGGUAUGAGUCGGGUAUCGACCUGAUCGGCCAGAACAAGGUCGCCGUCGUCCUCAUGGCCGGUGGCCAGGGCACUCGCCUCGGCAGCUCAGACCCCAAGGGCUGCUUCGACAUCGACCUGCCCUCCCACAAGCCCCUCUUCCAGAUCCAGGCAGAGCGCAUCCGCAAGAUCCAGGAGCUCGCCAGUAAGAAGGCCGGUGGCGCCUCGGUCGUCGUGCCCUGGUACGUCAUGACCAGCGGCCCGACCCGCGAGCCCACGCAAAAGUUCUUCGAGUCCAAGAACUACUUUGGCCUGGAUCCCGCCAACAUCAAGAUCUUUGAGCAGGGCGUCCUGCCUUGCAUCUCCAACGACGGCAAGAUCCUGCUCGAGAGCAAGGGCAAGGUUGCCGUCGCCCCAGAUGGCAACGGCGGCAUCUACCAGGCCCUGGUCCUCUCCGGCGUGCUUGACGACAUGCGCAAGCGCGGCAUCCAGCACAUUCACGCCUACUGCGUCGACAACUGCCUGGUCAAGGUCGCUGACCCCGUCUUCAUCGGCUUCGCCGCUGCCCUGGACGUCGACAUUGCCACCAAGGUCGUCCGCAAGCGCAACGCCACCGAGUCGGUCGGUCUGAUUCUGUGCAAGAACGGCAAGCCGGACGUCGUCGAGUACUCCGAGAUCGACAAGGAGACGGCCGAGGCCCAGGACCCCAAGCAAGCCGGCGUCCUCAAGUUCCGCGCCGCCAACAUUGUCAACCACUACUACUCGUUCCGAUUCCUCGAGUCCAUCCCCCAGUGGGCCCAUAAGUUGCCUCACCACGUGGCCCGCAAGAAGAUCCCCUACGCCGACGUCGAGACGGGCGAGACGGUCAAGCCCGAGUCGCCCAACGGCAUUAAGCUUGAGCAGUUCGUGUUUGACGUCUUCAACAUGCUGCCCCUUAACAAGUUUGCAUGCAUGGAGGUCCGUCGCGAGGACGAGUUCUCUCCUCUCAAGAACGCCCGGGGCAAGGGUGAGGACGACCCCGACACCAGCAAGCGCGAUGUCAUGGCCCAGGGCAAGCGCUGGCUGGAGGCAGCCGGCGCCACCGUCGUCGCCGAGGGCGGUGUUGAGGUUUCUCCCCUCAUCAGCUACGGCGGCGAAGGCCUCGAGAAGCUCAAGGGCACCACGGUGACGGCCCCGGCUGUCCUGGAGUUGGAGUAA